AUGAGAAAUCUAAAAUUUAGCAUAAUUACAUUUAUUAUUCUAUUUUUUUGUCUUUUUGAAUAUAUUCCUACAAUUGAAGGAGCUGAGGCAAAUGAUCAUGACGAGAAUGAAUCAUUCGAAGAUGAGAAAGUUGUUCAUCGUGUUGAUAUGAGUAGCCCUACUUACGUCCAAAUUAGUGCACUUGAAACCAGUGUUUUUGAACGUAAUUUAUUUGUAGAGUUAAUUAUAAAAGAGUCAUUGUUAUACAUAGUGGCAAUUAUUAAGUUAGCUUCUUUAUUUAAUCCAGCGCAGUCACUUUCUGAGUAUUUAAUUACAAAAAAUGUUAUAGUUAGUAUUAAUAUGAAUUCUUUAUUUGAUGGAAAAGAUGAAAUAAUUUCAAAAUCUAAAAUGGAAGAAAUUGGCAAAUUAUCAAAAAAUAAAAAUCAAGAUCUUCAAGAAAAAGUGAGAUAUCUAUUGAAUCUUGAUUCUAUUAAAUUAUUUGAUUUAAUAGCAGAGAAUGAAAUUUUGUUACAGGAAGAGAUUAUUCUAAGUCUUGAUAAACUCUUAACUUUAAUGGAUAAAGGAGUAGAUAGAUUUUCAGAGGGCGCUUCUGUUUCACUAAUCUAUGUUUUGAAUGGAUGUAAAAAGGCAUUAGAAACCUUUUCUAAACUUUAUUUAAAUUUAUCAAGAAAAGAACGUUCAAGAAAAUAUAUUUUAAACAAAGCUUAUAUUUCUCAAAUAUCACUUGACUCUAUUUUUGAAGAAAAAGCCAGUGAAGACUUUGAUAAAAAAACUUCAAAUUCAAGUGAUGCUCAAUCUGAACAAAUGAUUUUGUGUGAACCGAAUUUACGAAUUAGAAAUAUUUAUAAAUUAAAAGCUAUAUUAAAAACGACUUUUUCAAUUGUACAAUUAUGUUCAUUCGUAGUAUUUUUGUUUAAUAAUCAAGAAUACAAACAAAUACACGAGCAUAUUCAGAAAGAAGAAAAAAUUCUAAACAAAGUGUUUUCAAAAGUAGAUUUCUCUGAAUUAUCAGAACAAGAACGUUUAGAAAUGAAUUUGAAAGCAAGGGAGUUAUUGAAAUUCGAAAAAAUUCAAUCAUAUAAUUUUGUUUCUGAGACGUUUGAUACUAUAAUAAAAAAGGAAAUGAUAAUUCAGAAUUUAAAAAAUAUUUACAGGUUCUUAGUUGCACUCUUUGUAAUAUUAAAAAGACUUCAAACUACGGGAUUAGAUGCUUUCAAGGAUGCAGUUGAUGUUACACAAUCAUUGUGUGAUUAUAUAACUAAAAGAUGCGCCCAAGAAAUCAAAUUAGUCGAAGCUUUAUCAGAAGAAAAAAUAUAUCAAAGACAAUUAAGCACGGCAAGAAGUCAAAUUCUUAAAAAGAAAGAGGAGUAUAGACAGACUAAAUUAAAAGAAGCUGAAGAUUUGAAAAAGGAAGAAAAGAUAAGAAAACAAAUAGAAAGAAAACAAAAGGAUGAACGGGAAAAAGCAAAUAAAGAGCUAUUUGAAGAAGCGAAAAAAAUGAGCGAGAAAAGGAAGGAACAUAAAAAAAAAACUAAGUUUAGAAGAAAAUUCCCUAUUUUAGAAGAUAUUUCAGAUCGUUCAAGUGGAUUAGAAAAAGCUAUAAAUACUAGUCUUGAAAAUAUUAGUGAAGAUUCACCCCAUCCAGAAGUUUCAUCUAGUGCUUCUUAUGAAACUUGUAAACCAAAAAUAAACAGAAAAGCAUUGAAAUUACAAAAGCUUCAAAAAGAAGAGCAAAAGUCUUGCCAAAAAGAAAUAAUAAAGAAGGUUAUUCAAGAACAAAAAACGGUUGCAAUUUCGACGAAAAAAAGGAAACAAAAAGAUAGAAAAGACAAGAAUGAGAAUAGAAGAGAAAUUGAGGAGAGAGAAAGAGAGAAUGAAAGGGAAAGACAGAAACAAAUGGAAAAAGAAAGAUUGGAUAAAAUGGAACAUAGUAAUUUCAUGUAUAGAUUAGUAAAUUCAAUAAGUUCAAUAGAGGGGCUUUUUAAGGAAGCUGAAAAAGAUACAAAUUUAUCUUCGUUAAUUUAUUUUGUUCUUGACUUAAUAAAUCGCGAGAUUGAAAAAGAGGAAAGUGAAGAAGAAAAUCUUUCAAAACAGUUUUCUUCUAUUUCAAUUUCAGAUGAGGCCUCUAGAGAGGAUAUAGGAACAACUCCAAGAGUAGGUGGAAGGGUGAGAAGAAGAGCUGAUGAAGUUCCAGAAAGCGCCCCAAGGGUUUCAACAGCUGAGUUCUUUGCAUCAAGAGUAUCAGUUCCAGUAAGAAGACAUAGAAGCUCAUCAGGAAAUGAUCCAAGCCAAAUAUCAAGACCAAGAAGUGGAAGCACAUCAAGUAGAAGCAGAUCUAGAAAUAGAAACAGAUCAAAAAGUAGAAGCAGAUUAAUAAGUAGAAGCAAAUCUAGAGGUAGAUCUAGAAGCAGAUCUAGAAAUGUACUUGAAAAAGAGUUAACAUUAACAUUUGAUGGUUUUAGUUUCUCUCAAUCAUCAGCUUUUGGUAACCAGGAAAAUAGUCAAUCUACUGGUAAAUCAAAGUUUAUGAAAUAUUUUUUUUCUAGUGAAAAUGUUUCAAAGAGCGAUAGUUUUGCCUGUUAUGAAGAAAAAUAUUCUAGUUUAAAAUGCCAAUUAGCAGAACUUUCCACAGUUAAUGAAGAAUCUACUGAAAAUGAAAUUGUUACUGCAUUGGAAAUUUGUGGUAAUACAAUUCAAGAAUUAAGUUUGGAAGUUGUUCCUAAUUUAAACGGAAAAGAAUUUUUUUUUAUUAAAUUAUUAGAAAAGUCAUUCAUUAAAUUGUUUGUUAAGUUUUUAAUAUUGCUCAAAAAUAAAGAAAAAAAAUAA